UAGAAAGGGACGGUAGAACGGCGCGGAGCACCGCGGUCUCGCCCAGCUCUUGUCAGGUUCUACACCCUACCCUUGGCCUGAGCCUCGGGAGGGCUGGUUACAACCAUGAGCUCCUACCUGGAGUACGUAUCGUGCGGCCGCGGGGUCGGCGGCGAAGUGCUCAGCUUCGCACCCAAGUUCUGCCGCGCCGACGCCCGACCCGUGGCCCUGCAGCCCGCAUUCCCCCUGGGCAGCAGCGAUGGCGCCUUUGUCAGCUGUCUGCCCCUGGCCGCCGCCCGACCCGCGCCUGCUCCCUCGGCCGCCCCGGAGCAGCCACCCGCGCAGCCCCCGGCCGCGCCCCGGUACGCGCCAUGCACCCUGGACGGUGCCUACGAGCCGGCGGGCGCCGCACCUGCCGCGGCAGCAGCGGCGGGGGGCGCUGACUUCGGCUUCCUGGGGUCCGGGCCGGCGUAUGACUUCUCUGGCGCUGUCGGGCGGCCAGCCAACGACGGGCACGUCCAUUACGCCACCUCAGCUGUCUUCUCUGGCGGUGGCUCCUUCCUCCUCAGCGGCCAGGUGGAUUACGCUUCCUUCGCGGAGCCCGGCCCCUUCCCGGCGUGUCUCAAAGAGCCAGACGACGGCCGCCCAGGGGCCUUCCAGAUCGCGUCCCCAGCCCCUGGGGCCUAUCCCAAGUCCGUCUCUCCUGCCUCUGGCCUCCCCGCCGCCUUCAGCACGUUUGAAUGGAUGAAAGUGAAGAGGAACGCCCCUAAGAAAAGCAAAUUGGAGUAUGGAGUUGCUAGCCCCUCCAGCGCGAUCCGCACGAAUUUCAGCACCAAGCAACUGACAGAACUGGAAAAAGAGUUUCAUUUCAAUAAGUACUUAACCCGAGCCCGACGCAUGGAGAUCGCCAACUGCUUGCAGCUGAAUGACACCCAAGUCAAAAUCUGGUUUCAGAACCGCAGGAUGAAACAGAAGAAAAGGGAACGAGAAGGGCUUCUGGCUACGGCCACCCCUGUGGCCUCUCUCCAACUUCCACUUUCUGGAACAAACCCCACUAAGUCUGGCAAGAACCCCAGGAGCCCUUCCGGAGCCCAAGAGCUUUCCUGAGUCCAGUGUUGAGGCUGAGGAACCUUGGCCUGAAGAAGUCACAGGCCACCUAGACUUAGAAGCUCAGUUUAAGAUGGAGGUGGGCGAGGGCAGAGAUUAGCAGGGAUUUCAAAUGAAGUAUCUUAGUUGGCUUCUGAGUUUAGGCUGUUUGCUAUCUUGCAAGCCACUUGUUUGGGUAUAUUUUUGUGCCCUAUCAACCCAGCUGCCAGCCCAGCUCCACUACUAUGUUGCCUAACUUAGUCAUAUGCAAUUCUUGGGUACAGAGUGGCAGACCUUUAGUUGCUGAGUUUUGCCAACCCUCUGAUGUGCUCAGAAGAGCACUUGCCCAGUUUUUCUGGUUUUAAUUUAAGGGACAAGGAUACAUGUAUUCAGCUCCUUGAGAUGACCAAAGCUAGUUAGGGUCUCCUUGAUGUAGCUAAGCUGCUUCAAUGAUGAUCUUUACAUUUGCACUCCAGUUUGGUUUUUGUUCUUUCAAAAGCAGUUUCUACCUCUCCAUGUGCCUAAGUGAAGAUACAAUCGCUGUUUGUAGUUACUCGCUGAGCAAAUCCUCAGGGUGGGUAAAGAUUAGAACCUGAACCACGCCUUGACAUUAGUUAUUCAACCUUGAAUGUAAAUAUAUGCACUAUGUAUAUUUUUUAAAAAGUUUGCCUGCUGUGAACUUAUAUAUGACAUUCAAUGUCAUAGCUAGCAUGUAAAGGAUUUUAACUUCUUUGUAAU